ACCAGUUAACUCCAGAAAUUUGAACGAUAAUAUAAACAUUUAAGAAUUCGUAUAAUUCCUUUUCCGUAUUAAGAUUCUGAUGGGAGCAGAAACAAGUUCGUAUGCUGACUUGACAUUCGAGAAAAAAAAUUACAAUUACGAUGACAAAGUUUGGAAAUUUUCAAAUGCGUUCAACGACGAUGAUGUCGUUUCUGUGUUUAGCCUAAAAUGUGAAACAAAUUCUAGUGAAACUUUUUUAAAAAAGGCUGUCAAGCACUUGAAAACGCUUAAACAUCCUGGGAUUAUAAAAUAUGUCGCCUUUCACGAUGAAAACAUAAUUACAGAAAGGGUUACACCUCUUUCUUAUGUCCUCGACAAAUUAAACCCAUAUGAAAUAUCAGUUGGAUUAGUUGAUAUAAUUAAUACAAUCACAUUUCUUCAUAACGCUAAACUUUCACAUAAUAACAUUAGCCAUAAAUCAAUAUUUGUUGAUUGUUGUGGUCGCUGGAAAUUAGGAAAUCUUGAAGUUCUAUGCAAUUUUGAUGAUCAGACAGAAAAUCACACAAAAUUAUGUAAUUCUUUAAUUGAUGAAGACUAUGUUCCCGAAACAACACAUCAGUUCAGAGAUCAUUCUAGAGACGCAUAUACCUUUGGAAUACUUUGUUUAAAGUUAAUAGACUACAUGAGAAGUCUUGAAGCAAAUUCUAUUAAAUCUUUUACAUUGAGACUUCAAAAUGAUAUUCUCUCUGGAAAAGAAAUUUGUAAACUAGAUACUUUAUUGGACGAACCACUUUUAAGAAAUGACUAUGUUGAUAUUAUCAACUUUCUAAGAAAUAUAACUUUAAAAAAUGAAAAUGAAAAGAAGGAUUUUUUCAAAAACUUAGCCGAGAGAUUGUACAAAUUACCGGAAAAACUUGUUGCGUCAAGAUUAACAAAACUUCUUUUAUCAAGAUUUGUUCUGUUAGAUCAAACUGCUAUUGAAGAUUUUAUCCCUCAUCUAUUAGUUCCGAGUUUUGCCGAAACUAGACCUGAGAAAGUUGAUAUGUCUAUUCAUUAUCCUAUUCUAACUACUAAGCCUUUCAAAAAACACGUCAUUCCUGAAAUAACAAAGAUAUUUCAUGUCAGAGAUUUUCAUGUGAGGCAUGCCCUAUUGAAAUAUUUCGAAAGCUAUUACAGACUAUUCGAUAAAAGAGAAUUAUCCGAUAUAAUUUUACCAGAAAUCUUAACUGGACUUCGGGAUGAAAAUGAUACAAUUGUUUCUUUGACUUUAAUUGCCCUAGCAUUUUUAACUCAAAUACUAGGAUCUCAAGUGGUAGUUGGAGGCCAGCGUUUAAGAAUCUUUCAAGUUGCCAGUCCAAAAUUUAACGUUCCAUUUCGUUUGGAAGAAAUGUCCAAAUUUAAAAAGGAUUUGCCUAUCCCUCAAAGGCCAGUAAACGAGAUCUUAAAUUCAGUAGCUGGUGAAGAGGAAGAGAAAGAACAAAAACCCAAGACAUUAGCCGAUUUGGCAAAGAUGUCUAAGUUACAUAAAAAAAAGGAGGAGCUGGAGAAGAGAAAUAUGGAAAAGAGGCAGAAAAGACAAGAAAGAAUGAAGAUAAAAGGAGGCAAUAAAUUAAUUGGAAAGAUGGAAGGAAAAAUUCAAAACAGUAUUGCGAAGUCGACUGCAAAAGAAGACCAUAUAUUAGAAGCAUGCGAAGGAGAUGAAAAGGCGGAGCAUGUUGAAGAAAAACGGCAGGAAAGUAAGUAUUCAUCAGAAUAUUCUGAAUGGAAAGAUGAUUGGGGUGAAGAAGAACAAGAAUGCGAAGACGAACCAAUUAAAAAUGGUACGUCUAAUGGCCAAUUUGAAAAGUCUGAACAAGAAAGCGAUAACUCAGCACAUUCCAAAAAGUCACCUGAAACAACUCCUUCCGCUAGUCCUCCUCAAGAAAACAUUAAAAAUGAUCGCCAAACAACAAUUUGGGCUAAUGACAAUUUAGGUAGUGAAUAUGAAAUUAAAAAGAUAGAUAUAAAAAAGAAAAAUGGCAAGAACUUAGAAGAUCGACUACUAGAUGAAUUAUUCGCUGAAAUGGAACCAAAAGUAUGCAAUACAGAUGCUAAAUCAAAGAACAAUAGCUCUUCACCCAGACUCAAGUCGAAAACUAUGUUUGACGUUCUCGACGGUCAGGAAAACACCGAAGGAUGGGAAGAUAAUGAUUUGGAUUGGAAUGACAUUGAAUGA